AUGGCGUCGCAGCAGGUGCUCUUUGCCGAGACCAUCGCCGGCAUGAAGAAGGCCUUUAAGAGAAGGGCCUAUGAGUCUGACUCCGACUCGGAGAUCGAAAGCUUCACGAAUCGAGGCAACAAACUCAAGAAGAGGGCGCGUUUCGCACACAAGGGACAAUUGAUGCCGUCGGCAGGACCUGGAGCCUACAAGGAGACUGUCGAAUACGCUGGUGUACGAAGGUCCAUUAUCCAUCGCAACCCUCCCUUAGUCGACGAGGACGGCUACGAAUUCGAUAGCGACGACGAUGAAUCCCGCGUCGAGGAGGCCAUACUGUCAGCUGCAGAGCUGAAUCCAUAUGCAAACAUCCGCCUGGAACACAUCCUCGCGCCCCUCACUGCUUCAACCGACCUCCCAACCCAUCCCGUUCUCUCCAAGCCCUUCACCUCCAAUACCCUCACAGAGCUAGUCAAGCAGAGUUCUGGCAUAAUGCAAAAGGAAAAUCGAUCGCUGUGGCAGGUUCGACAUUUAUGGACCUCACUCUGUGGCGAUUCCACUUGGGUGCCGUGUUCAACCAUGGUCGGCACCAACGACAUCGAAUUUUAUACUCAAAAUAAUGAGGCUCACCAGCCUCAAGAUCCCUCCAAGGCGGGCGAUACUACAUCUUCACCGUCCAAGGUGAAUGGCGAGAAGAAGCCUGAUGGGUCCGCGACUCAUGCUGCCAGUACCAAUGAACCGGGAAACCAGGGCGAGCAGGGUACCGCUGCUCCAGCAGAUGCCGAUGUGCCCAUGGACGACGGCUCUUCCAAAGAGCAGCCUAAUGAAGCUGAGGACGCGAAAAAAGAGAACGGCAAAAGCAUACUGAAUGGCGGCUCAGGGAGAAAUACAAACGGCAGAGAACCAUCGGCCGAAAAUACAAGUCAAGGUCGCAAAAGGGGGAGCCGUCUACCCAGCGAGGACGUCCAAAUGCAGGAUAGUGUUGAAACAACAAACAAGGCUUCCCAAGAGAACUCAGAAGCCAAGAAGGACGCGGAGGCUUCAUACAUCCACCCAAUGUUCUUACCGCCUACAAAUGCCUCUCUUGAUAGAAACCUUGGGUUACCAGACAACGAGGCCGAAGACAUCAGGCGUCUCCUAGCCUUGUAUGUGCAAAAGCAGGAAGAGGUCUGUCGAGGGGCAGCGAGACUGCAUCUGGGCCUUUUGAGAGCACAGAGGCUCCGCAAAGAUGUACUGGACUGGUCAAAAGCAGAGGCACACUGCGGGCCGAAUCGAGACAUGUCAGAUGGUGAAGACUGGUACGACAAGGAAGAAUGGGGCCUGACAGAGGACCUCAAGAAGGGCCAGGACGAAGAAGAGGAAGAUACUGCAACGGCAGGAAAGAAGACUCGAAAUAGGCGGUAA